AUGAGUCUUCUGUCAAAUUGUCUAUUUGUACGGCAAGUACUUAGUCGUACUGGUGUUUUUUCUCAAUCAACAUUUGUGAAUGCGUCGCGUUUAUCAUCACUAUUUAGAUAUUCAUCUACGAAUACACCUUCACAAGAACAAAAACAAAAUGAAACAACAACAACAACAACAACAACAACAUCGUCACCGACUCAAAACGUAGAAAAUCAAUCUCAAACUGAACAAAAAUCGGACGUUGAUGUAAAACAACUUCUUGAACAAAAUACAAAAUUAAAUGAAGAAAUAAAUGAAUUUAAGGAUCGUUACAAACGUGCACUAGCUGAAACUGAAAAUACUCGAGUACGUUUUACUAAACUAGUGAAUGAUGCAAAAAUCUUUGGCAUACAAGGCUUUUGUAAAGAUUUACUUGAAGUCGCUGAUAUACUUAAUCUAGCAUUAGUCAAUACACCGAAACAAGUAGCAACAGAUAUAACAGCCUUAACAAAAGACUUUAAUAAUCUUCAUCAAGGACUUGUAAUGACUGAAGAAAGAAUGCAAAAAAUAUUUGCUAAAAAUGGUCUUCUACAAAUAAAACCAAAUGAAGGUGAUAAAUUCGAUCCGAAUUUUCAUGAUGCUUUAUUUCAAGCUAAAAUUCCCGAAAAAUCAAGUGGCACAAUUAUACAAGUAAUGAAAACAGGUUAUCGUCUUCAUGAUCGUGUAAUACGAGCUGCACAAGUUGGUGUUGCGCAAUAG